AGCCGUUAUUUAAUACCAUAAGGGCAUUUCUGCAUUUCUGUUUUAAUUAAUUGCUUCAUUUUGUCCUAUGAUGUUCAUUAUUGCACUGCGUUUGUUAUAAUCAUCAUCAAAGCCAGUAAAACAUUUCUAAAGCAGUAAACUAUAUUAUACCGUAAGAUGAGAAUACAUAAAUCAUGGAUUGUUAUUGUCCUGAUUGUUUGCGUGGAAAAUGGAACUUUUGGGUUCCGCUGCGACAGAAGACCGUAUGCCUCAACAACGCAAUCACAGCCUGCCGAUGGCCGCUUCAAAUUGGUUGUAGACGGAAGUGAGGGAACGUACAUUCCGGAACAGCUAUAUAUAGUGAAAAUAGUCGAGACGGAUGACGAUUCCAGAUUCACAGGUUUCAUGAUAUCCGCCGAAGGUGACAUCAAACCGGAUCCAAAAAACCCAAGGAGAGUGAUAUCCCUGUAUCCGGGAGAGUUGAGGCCUUUGAACCCACUUACUGCGAAGUUCAGUGAUCGCUGUCUGUAUUCUGUAGAGCACACAAUGUCCUCUCCUAAAUCUUCAGUCGAGGUUUAUUGGCAAGCUCCGCAAUCCGGCAAUGGCUGUAUAACAUUACGGGCGAUGGUGGUUGAAAACGAAGACGUGUGGUUUGAAGACGGCGCGCCGCUGACGCAGAUACUUUGCGAAGACAUGCGGCAACCGGACGAUGUCACACCACAGCUGAAUUAUGAGUGCCAGAUAUGUGACGAGGCAAAGUAUGAGCUAACCUUUACAGGAAUUUGGUCACGAAACACGCAUCCACGCCUCUAUCCAGAAAAUGAUUGGUUACCGCGGUACAGUGACUUAGUCGGCGCUUCUCAUGCAGCUGACUUCAUCUUAUGGUCGCCAGGCUCUUUAGUGACAGAAGGGUUUAGGGAUUUUGCAGAGCACGCAAACAGUAGCAAACUGGAAGGAGAAAUUAGAGAAAAGAUAGGAGAUGGAAUCCGUACACUCAUCAAGGGCAAAGGUCACGGUUACCCUAAGAUGAGCAACCCGACUUACGCUUUCUUCCGUACAGACCAAACGAACCAUCUCUUCACAGUCGCCAUUGCAAUUCAUCCUUCUCCCGACUGGUUUCUGGGGGUGACUAGAUUUGAAUUGUGCCAAGAAGAUCAAACCUGGUUGAAGGAAAGAGAAUUGAAUUUAUAUCCGUGGGAUGCUGGGACAGACAGUGGUGUGUCUUAUGAAUCUCCAAACUUCGAAACAUUUCCUCAAGAUGCUGUUUCGAGAGUUCAAAUGAGUACAUAUGACAAAAACUCGCCAUUUUACGAGAUGGACAUGAAAGACCUCCAUCCUUUCGGAAGAUUGCACAUAAAGUUGAUUAGAACUUACCAUAGAGAAUGCAAAGAAGAGGAAUCUGAAACUACCGAAGAACCAGGACCAUCUACAGAAGAAACGACCACAGAAGGAGGCGAGGAGCCCUCCGAACCUGAAGAGCCAUCCAGGUACCGAUCCGAUCUAGCCCGACGUCGGGGUGAAGCUCCAAUAGUAACUGAUCCCGAAUCUUCGGAGGACUGCCCAAUGUCUCAAUGGCAGGAAUGGAGCCCUUGCGACGGCAAAUGUGAGAACGGCAAACUUCAUGGCUACAAGUGGAGAGAGCGGUACCAUCUAGUAGAUGGUAUUGCUGUUGAAAAGUAUGACCCUGACGCUGAUCCAUCUACAAGGAAAGAGGUACCACGGUUUUGUAAGAACCACUACGAUGACUUCGAGAGGGACGAGUGUGAGGACGACUGUUCAGAGCCCGAAGAAAAGGAUGAUUUAACGUCGGAGAGAAGAAUGAUGCCUGUAGCCCCUGGACAUGCAUGGAAUUCCAAGAGACAUGUUGCGUCCAAACGCAGAUACUUGUAGAGAAAAGUCUAGUCUAGUCAAGCUUGGGGUCGGCCCUGGGCCCUGGCACUUUUUGUAUCGCGCGUAUUUUGAACGAAUUUCGUUAUUCCGCGACAGUAGCGAUACAGAAUCGUGGGCAAAGUUACACGGGCCAGCGACGAGACAAAAUACUUUUUAAUAACAAUUAU